UCCUCCCCUUUCAAAAACUUAAAACGCGAAGUCUUCUCUCUCUCUUUUUCUCUUUCUCUGGACGGCACUUUUUCGCGUUCUCGCACAGAUCUGACGGUGCCGUUUUUACUUCAGCAGGUCAGAUCUAGCUGAUCUGAAUCCGACGCCGUCUUAGUCACCGGCUCCGAUCUUUCUUUUUUUUAAAAAGAAAUGGAUAAUUUGAUUUCUCUUGUCAACAAGAUUCAAAGAGCUUGCACGGCUCUUGGUGACCACGGUGAGGCAAGCGCAUUGCCUACUCUUUGGGACUCUUUACCGGCGAUUGCCGUCGUCGGCGGUCAGAGUUCAGGGAAGUCUUCGGUGCUCGAAAGCAUUGUCAGCAAGGAUUUUUUACCGCGUGGAUCCGGAAUUGUUACUCGGAGACCUCUGGUGUUACAGCUUCAUAAGAGUGAAGAAGGAAGCAGAGAAUAUGCUGAGUUUCUUCACCUUCCAAGAAAAAGAUUCACCGAUUUCUCUGCUGUUAGGAAGGAGAUUCAAGAUGAGACGGAUAGAGAAACUGGCCGAACCAAACAAAUCUCCAGUGUUCCAAUUCAUCUUAGUAUAUAUUCUCCCAACGUUGUCAAUUUGACUCUAAUUGACCUUCCUGGUCUUACGAAGGUAGCAGUAGAGGGUCAACCAGACAGCAUUGUGCAAGAUAUUGAGAAUAUGGUUCGCUCCUUUAUUGAGAAGCCCAACUGUAUAAUCUUAGCAAUUUCACCUGCUAAUCAAGAUCUUGCUACAUCAGAUGCAAUUAAAAUCUCACGUGAGGUGGACCCUACAGGGGAGAGGACACUUGGUGUCUUGACAAAGAUUGAUCUGAUGGAUAAGGGUACUGAUGCGGUUGAUAUAUUGGAAGGAAAAUCUUAUAGGCUGAAAUUCCCUUGGGUUGGUGUUGUGAACCGCUCACAAGCAGAUAUUAACAAGAAUGUUGAUAUGAUUGCUGCUCGGCGCAGAGAGCGAGAGUAUUUUGCUAAUACACCAGAGUAUAAGCACCUUGCUCACAGAAUGGGUUCUGAGCAUCUUGCUAAGAUGCUCUCAAAGCAUUUGGAAAAUGUAAUCAAGUCCAGAAUCCCAGGCAUUCAGUCCCUUAUUAAUAAAACAAUUGCUGAACUCGAAACUGAAUUGAGUCGCCUUGGAAAGCCUAUUGCAGCUGAUGCAGGCGGAAAAUUGUACACAAUUAUGGAGAUUUGUCGUCUUUUUGAUCAAAAUUAUAGGGAACAUCUGGAUGGCGUGCGACCUGGUGGUGAUAAGGUUUACAAUGUUUUCGACAACCAGCUCCCUGCUGCUUUGAAAAGGUUGCAAUUUGACAAGCAACUUUCAAUGGAGAAUAUUAGGAAGCUCAUUACUGAAGCUGAUGGAUAUCAACCUCAUUUAAUAGCUCCUGAACAAGGAUAUCGUCGUUUGAUAGAAUCUACUUUAAUUACUAUUAGAGGUCCAGCUGAGGCUGCUGUUGAUGCGGUUCAUUCCAUUCUGAAGGAUUUGGUUCACAAGGCUAUGAGUGAGACACCAGAGUUAAAACAGUAUCCUGCUCUCAGGGUAGAGGUUGGAAAUGCUGCAGUUGAGUCUCUUGACAGAAUGAGGGAACAGAGCAAAAAAGCAACACUUCAAUUGGUUGAUAUGGAAUGUAGUUACCUUACAGUUGAUUUCUUCCGAAAGCUUCCUCAAGAUGUUGAGAAGGGUGGCAACCCUACACAAUCAAUAUUUGACAGAUACAAUGACUCAUAUCUGAGGAGAAUUGGGACAACCGUUUUGUCUUAUGUUAAUAUGGUUUGUGCUAGUUUGCGACACUCCAUCCCGAAGUCCAUUGUGUAUUGUCAAGUCCGUGAAGCUAAAAGAAGCCUGCUUGACUUUUUCUACACUGAAUUGGGUAAACUGGAGCAAAAACGAUUAUCAGCAUUGUUGAAUGAGGAUCCAGCAGUCAUGGAGCGACGUAGUGCUCUUGCAAAGAGGCUGGAAUUAUACAGGAGCGCGCAGGCAGAAAUCGAUACAGUUGCUUGGUCCAAGUAGGCUGGUGGCAUAUCUAUUCAUCUACUUUGCACUCUGAAAUUGAUUUGAUGGGCGGCAUCAUUCUUUCAUUUAUGAGCAGAGUCACACUGGGGAAGAACCGGGGAGGGUCAUUUUGUUGUAUGUCAUGAAGGCAAAAUAGUUUUAACCAGAAAGCAACUUCUGUCGUUGUGUAUGCUACAUUUAUAUAUAUAUCUAUAAUAUACAAAUGUUUGCCAGUCUUGGUCUGGGAGUAUUUGCGCUUUGUCUAAUGUGCUUUUGUGAGCUGCUGCUCAUUUUGUCUUUGAAAUUGUCAUUUUAAAAGGCAGUCUUUUUAUUUUAAAAUUGUGAUAAAUUUUCCAAAA